GAGGAAGUGUGCAGCCGAACACUGUGUUCACACAUUUAGACUCGAGCCUCAUACUGAAACGGUCAGUACGGGUGCUCUGCAGGUCCUGGGGUGGAUUCUCCCGACCCAGCUUAUGUAGCUUCAGUUGGGCCAACAGUUGUUCAGCCAGAUGCAACUGCAGUAGUCCACCUAUGAUGACUGGCCUACUCCCAUUGCAGCUCUGUGUCUUUUGACGACCCAUGGACACAUAUCAGUUUAACAACUGAAGCGGAGCUUUCUUCCUGGAUCGCUAGCAUGGGGAACAUAAUUAAAGGCCAAGAGGCUGACAAGCAGCCUGAGAAUAAUCAGUUGGAUGCCGCACUAAAAGUCACGGAUUAUGACAACUUAGUAGUACUCUCCGACUACCCAUGCCGGGACAUCAGUGAGCCGAUAUUUAAGAUGGGAGAGAAACUCAGGGGUCUGUCUGAGGAUGGCUGCUGGUGGAGAGUUCGUUCUUUUCAGACAGGAACUGAAAACUACAUCCCAGUUAAUCAUGUGGCAAAGGUCUAUCACGGAUGGCUGUUUGAGGGAGUGGUGAGGCAAAAAGCGGAGGAGCUGCUCCUCUUACCCAGCAACACAGUUGGCUCUUUUCUCAUUAGGGAGAGUCCGAACCAACGAGGUGUAUAUUCUCUGUCUGUGAGACACAGAGUCAUUAAGCACUAUAAGAUUUUCCGCAUGGCCAACAGCUGGUACUACAUCUCCCCCCGCCUCACCUUCCAGUGUCUGGAGGACUUGGUCAACCACUACUCAGAAUGUUCAGACGGCAUCUGCUGUGUUCUCACAGCCCCGUGUCUGUCAAAUAUUGUGCCAAACCUGAACGCACAAGCGCCCCCUGUGGUGAUGCGGCGUAACUUUGACUGGAAGAAAGUGAACAGGUCCCAGCUACUGAACCCCGCUGAUCAGAGCAGUGCGGACAGCAGGCAGAACGUGGUGAGCUUUGGGGUGAGGAACAGCAUCGCUGCCUAUCUCUCCGUAUCUGAAAUGAAGGAAAAUCCAAAAGUCCUCCGCAGCAAGAAGAGCAAGUCUGUCUACGUGAUGCCUGACUCCAGCCAUAUGGAAACAGAAGAGCUAGCUCAUGGAAAUGUGGCAAGUGGAACAGACGGGUAACAACCGGCACAAUGUGAAGGACAGACGUUUGUAUGUCUGAACAUUACGGAGGAGUGCAGUCUUUUCACGUAAACACUGGACUCCAGAAUGAAUCUCUCAAACAGAUCAAGUAGAGAGGAGAUGAGAUCGUUUUGGGUUUGUGGUCAUAGAAAGACCAGAAUGUAGCCAUUAGACGGUACUUGAUUGUUAACGAUGAAGUGGAUGUUAUUGCAUAUAUAAACACACAUACACACAAAUAUUCACACACGCAUAUUUUUAGACUAAUUCUUCGGACUUUUUAGAAGCACUUUAUUCUUGGCUGUAUGGACAAAUCAGAUGAGAAGUAAGAGGACAGUUCACUUUAAAUACUACUUUUCUCCAACAUCUGAGCUUUGAAUGAAUACAUGAACCUGGAUUUCUCCUUUCGGACUGGGUGAUGAGAAGAGCUCAGCUAUUUUGCAAAAGUAUUUGGCUCGCUCCUUAUACAUGGAUUCAAGUUUUGUGCUGAACUGCUGUGGAGAAGCACACCGUGCCUCUGUCCAAACAGCGUGCUGACCGCUCCUUGGCUCUUUGUUCCGAUUGGCUGUUUCGAGGAAAAGCGUUUUAUAGCUUUAUGCUCAAAAAUGGGGUUUUUAAUUUAAUUGUUGGGAUGCAAAUAAAGACAUUCAGAGUGGUUUGAUAUGAAAUGGUUCACUGUAAAGAAUCUUUUGUUAUGUAAUGUAUUAAUCCAACAAGGGAAAUUUGUCAUUUUACUGUCUAACUAUGCCCGAUCUGGGAGCAGCACAGCAGGCCUCAGCCAAGGGCACAAACAGGUUUACUCAGUCAGGCCUGUGACUGGAACACAUGACCUUCCAGUCACUGGCUCAUUUCUCCUGCCACAAGACAACCACCCACCCCAACUCCUUUUUUUCUGAUGUCUACAACACAGAACAAUUUUUUUGCCUUGCAAAGCCCUGCAAGGAUUUUUCUGCAAUUGGUAGAUUUUCAAACAUAUAUUUUAGGGUAAAACUUAAACAUCAGACCACAUAUUUGUGACCUUGUUGUGUAAGAGCUUAAUGUGAAGCAGCGUUUAGACACAUUAAACUCUUCAGAUGUCUGGUUCUUUUUAUUACCGCUGUAAAAAAAAUCUGACUCGGUAAGUUCCUCUUGAAUGGUGCAUUCCAGAUCAAACCAGUCUGAAUGAAUCUGUUUACAUCUUACUGAUUUAAUUAUGCAGAAAAUUUGGGGGAAAUCCUUUUUAGAGUAUCUAUGUCCAAUGGCUCAUGGACAUAAAAGUGGUUACAGUGAUUUUAAUGUUAUCAAAACAUUUUUAUGCCAGAACAUUCAGUUCUGUACUACAGCUCCAAAUAAUCAGGAGAACAGUCUUAAAACUGCACCCUCUCACACUAGAGUAUCAGCUUGACACACAUGACUUGCUGUUCAGUCGGUGAAAACCACUACAGAACACUAAACCUGUAGCAAGUGUACUGUUUCAGCUUCAGCUAAGUCAAGUAAAAGGGCCAUGAGUAAAUGUGUGAAAGGUGAACCCCCAAUAUGGUGAGUGCUGUAUGCUGCUUUACAGCAUGGAGUGUAUUUUGCUUGAAUGUAUUGUACUAUUAUGUUUAACACAUCACCCACAUCACCGGGCCUCACUUUUCGCUUCACGAUAAACAUGUAUCUGUUUCGCAUUACUAUUAAUAUUCAUCCUGUGACGCACAAACAUCUUUGAAUGUUCAUUUGAACAGACCGCAGAGUGACCAAAAUGGCCACGAGGCCGCAUGUGACGUGCUGAUCAUAGGAGGCCCAGUUCUGUAAUACAUACGUGUAGAGAGGCGAGUCUUCAUAUAAACUGCCAACAAACACACAACCACAAGGAUGAGUGACUGAGACAAAGGCUUGACAAGGGCAGCGGAAGGAAAUUGGUUCAACAGUAACAAACUGGAUACCCUCAAAGGACCAUGCAUGUUAUCUCACUUUCUCAAGCCUCAGAAAAGACACCUCACGCUGGCCUGGAAACAGUUUAGAUAGGAUCGGUUUGCUGACUGCGUAAAGAGGAGGCCCGGAGUGCUGGCCUGAGACCUGGGUGCAGAUUUAUGAAAGUGUUUUAAGACAUAAAAUCUAAAAUGCACUUUUUUAUGUUCUUAACUUCAGGCUUAGAUCAACUGUUACAUGUGCCAUUCAUAUAUUCUAUAAAAGAUAUGUUCUUACAUAUGACGGCCUCUUGUCUGUAAGUGUUGACAAGGCGAACAUCUAAAACUGUAACUUGCUAUAUCUGGAACUGUUGUCUCAGAGCUAGCUAACAAAGUUGUAUUUACUCAGACUCCAGAGUUAAUGAUGGCUUACUGUUGGGUUCUAAGUCUGCCUGAAACAAGAUUGUAGAUUGUAUUCUUCACCUUACUAUUUUUGAAUGCAACAAAACCCUGUGGUAGUGUAACACUUGAUGGUAGUUUGUUAUUCAAAAGCUAUACCAGUAAUAUUUCCAAGAUUGCAUUUUAUUACUUUACAAACAUAUCCAAAAUAAGACGUUAACCCUACAAGAUGCUGAGAAAUUAGCUCAUGGUAGCCUAAACUACUAGAUUAGACUAUUGUUACAUGUUGCCCUGCCGUCUAUUUAAAUAGACUCCAACAUUUCAGAAUGCAGCAGCCUGUGUGCUUACAGCUCAGUUGGUGGAAGAAGAUCAUUUUCUUAUACAUCUUCUAAGCUCCUAUAAACUCCUGAGCUAUAGUAUUGUCACUCAUUUUGAUUUGUUGCUUACAUAUGUGCCUUUGUUUUCAUUUAGACCACUGUUCAUUCAUUUAGAGUGAAUUAAAAUAGCCUAACGGUUAAAGUCUAUGUAAAAUGUAUAUAACAUUGUUUACGACAGACUGUAAAAUGCAAUACUACUGAUUAACAUUCAUGAAAGAUAAACAUUUAGUCUUUUUAAGACAGUAACUGAAACUUUCUUAAAGGGGAAUUCCACCAAAACUUCUGGAUAAUUAGAUGGUUAAGAUGUAAACAAAGUCAAUGAGGGUGGUUUGAUGUGAAAUACUCCGUUUAUAUAUAUAUGUAUAUAUAGGAAUAAGACAUCUAAGGAGUUUAAUGCCACUAAAAAGUUCCCUCAAAGUAAGUAGUUACAUGAAAUUAUGAAUGCAUUGCCUGAUGUCUGAGAAUUUGUUAAUGAUAGUUUUGAGAAGGUUUUGCCCUAAAAUCUUAUUUUUUAAUCCAUUCAUGAGGGACAGAUAUAUGCAGGGUGUGGUAAGACAAAAUAGUCCCCAAAGAAAAUGCUUUCUUUUUCAGAUUUACCACUAAAUUACCAUUAUCAACAUGACAUAUGUUUACAUCUUAAUGACUGAUUUAUGCAGAACUUUUUAAAAAGUGGUGGAAUUCCUCUUUAAGAGAACAUUUGAGAACAUUUUUAUUAACUCUAGUUUUUGUUUUGAAUUUUUUUCUUUGGAAAUCUUUUGUGAAUUCGGCCCCUGAUGCUGUUGUGCUGGCGAGAAAGCAGAACUAGACCCUCAGGCCUAAUUCUCCUCAGAUGGGAGCUUGAAAAAACAGAGAUAAAACCUUCUCUUUCUGUUGCACACAUAUUUAAGAUCUCCAGCAGAACCUAGAGCCCAAGAAAACCACAAAGCAGCAAUAUGUGAUGAAUUAGGUUUUGCCUGCCUGGACUCUGAAAACAUGCAUCAGUCUUCUCAUCGUUUCUGACUAAACAGCUUUGCUGAACCAGCAGCGAAUCAGCAGUGACUGAAAGUAACCUCGUCUGUGUAAAAUACCCAGAGGCUCAGCUCAAUAACAGCUGCUGUCCAAAUCUUUCUGACACAUCACCUCACAAUUGGCUUUGGGAUAUCAUGGACAAAAUCUAAAUAAAUGUUUGCUUCCCUCAU